AUGAUGCUUUCUAUUAUUCUAGAUUUUUCUCUUGCAUUUUUAGUACCAUUACGUGGCAGUUCCAUUGACAUUAAUUUGAAUGCUCGAUGGCAACAGAAUGGUCUUACUGUCGCUGGAGGAAAUGGACAAGGCAAUGGAAUCAAUCAACUCUCUUACCCAUUAGGUUUGUAUGUUGAUGAUGAUCAAACUAUCUAUGUGGCUGAUCAAGGGAAUAACCGUAUUGUUGAAUGGAAAUUGGGUGCCAUGAGUGGUCAAGUUGUUGCCGGUGGAAAUGGAUUUGGAAAUGGGGCUCAUCAGUUGUCUUUCCCACAAGAUGUGAUUGUCGACAAAGAGAGAAAUAGUCUCAUCAUCUGCGAUUUUUUGAAUAGAAGAGUAGUUCGAUGGCCUCGUCGAAAUGGGACAAAUGGAGAGACAAUCAUCUCCAACAUCGAUUGUCAAGGUUUGACAAUGGACGAGAAUGGAUCUCUCUAUGUCACUGACUAUCAAAAAGGUGAAGUGAGACGAUAUCGAAGAGGAGAAUCUCAAGGAAUAGUGGUUGCAGGUGGAAAUGGAAAUGGAACUCGUUCUGAUCAACUCUCUAACCCAACAUAUGUAUUCGUCGAUCGAGAUCAUUCAGUGUAUGUGUCUGAAUGGGGAAAUCAUCGUGUGAUAAAAUGGAUGGAAGGUGCAAAACAAGGCAUUGUCGUGGCUGGUGGUCAAGGAAAAGGAAAUGGUCUUACACAAUUGUCAUAUCCUUAUGGAGUCUUUGUCGAUCAAUUGGGCACUGUCUAUGUGGCUGAUGCAGAGAAUGAUCGAAUCAUGCGUUGGAUCAAAGGAGCCACACAGGGAAAUGUCAUUGUUGGUGGAAACGGUCGAGGAGAACAAUCAAACCAACUUCAUUCGCCCUUCGGUUUGUCAUUCGAUCGACACGAUAAUCUCUACGUCGUCGAUUACGGAAAUUAUCGAGUACAAAAAUUUAAUCUCGAGUCAAAUAAAUAA